CAUAAGACCCUCUCCAUUUUCUUCCCGAGGAUCUUCAGGGCGGACGGCAGCACCAUUUUAGGGAGACGCGUCUCAAACCCCGUCUCCGGCGUUUUAGCUUUAUUGUGACCGCGGCUGCUCAGAUAGGAAGCUAGUUCAGCUUUUCCUCACAGUUUCAGUUUAAACAGAACAGUAUCAAAAACCCGCGCGCCAUCACCGCGCUGCUGCUGCUACAGUUGCUAAAGCUGCUAAAGCUAACAUUAGCCGGCUGUGAGGCUUUUCUCUCCACCGACGCGACAUUCACUGAGCCUGAAAGCGAAGUCUGUCAAAAUGAGUGCAGCCUCCUCCCAAAAGGUUGUCCUGAAAAGCACCACCAAAGUGUCCCUAAAUGAGCGCUUCACUAACAUGCUGAAGAACAAGCAGCCCACUGCAGUAAGCAUUCGAGCCACCAUGCAACAGCAGCAUUUGGCCAGUGCCCGCAAUCGCCGGCUGGCCCAGCAGAUGGAGAACCGGCCCUCAGUGCAAGCCGCUCUGAAUCACAAGCAGAGCCUGAAGCAGCGCCUGGGGAAGAGCAACAUCCAGGCCAGGCUGGGCCGGCCCGUCGCGGCUCUGAUGCGUGGAGGAGCUGCUGGAGGCAGAGGAGGAAUGCGGGGGAUGACCAGGGGAGGCCUCCGAGGACGAGCCAGAGGAGGAGUAAUGAGGGGAGCUCUCUCCCUGAGAGGGAAGCGAGUGUUGACAGGUGCCCCCAUGCGAGGCCGUGGCUCUGCUGGCCGUCUGGCGAUGCGUAGAGGAGGUCGCCACCGCGGAGGAGCUGCUGGCAGAGGAGGGGCCCUGUCCCGAGGAGCAGCAAGAGGAGGAGUGGCCCGAGGCCGUGGUGGACUGCGGGGGCGCGGUGGUUUCGCCGGUCGAGGUGGUCGCGGUCGCGGGCGGGGUCGAGGUGUCGGCAGACCAGCUGUGACCCGUGAACAACUGGACAACCAGCUGGACGCUUACAUGUCAAAGACCAAAGGUCACUUGGAUGCUGAACUGGACGCCUACAUGGCCCAGGCUGACCCAGACAGUAUGGAGUGACCCUGAAGGACUCUGAACCUGAAGCACACGCAGAGUCACUGCAGAACUGUACGGCUGAACUCACACAUACAGUCUAGUGUUGAUGUACUGAGAAAUGAUUAUGUUCAAAUAGUAGAUGAGUGGUGACGGUCCAGCACUCAUCCGGAAAUCAAGUUGUCAUCUGAAUGUGCUUUGGCCACCGGUCAAUUCUGCAUCAACCUGCUCCUCCAAAACUUUCAUUCUGGAUUAACUGUGCAAAAGGGACCUUUUUUAAACAUUAACAAGCCCUGCUGACUAUACACGUCUGUGGUUUUUGUUUGUGUUUUUUUUGUUUUUUUUAAAUACAUGUACAUGUCCUGAAACACUUUUUUUAAAGGUUUUAAAACAUAUGUGUAAUGGCUUAAUCCCGGUCAAAGAUCUAGGUGAUGUUGUGUUAACCUUCUGUUGAAACCAAUUUUGAAUUACACAAUUUUUUUUUUUUUUUUUUUUUUUUAACUUUUUAUGUAUAAUUUAAUUUUAGCGUUGGUGUGUUCAGACCUUUAGGGAUUCAUUAUUGGCUUAUCUUCAAAAGAUCUGCAAUGCAAACCUUUUCUAAAUUAUUUGUUGAAGAAGAAUGUAAGCAAAAUGUCUUUAAGCCAAGUAUCCAUUUGUCUUUGUUUUCUAUUUGAAAGUAGUAUUCUGAAGUCUUUUGUUCCUGCGUAUCUUCCACCUGCCAGCGUUCUCGAAUGGAUUGUUGGCACUGAAUUUGUACUUGAGCGCGUUUGUAUGACAUCACCCAAAGCAAGUAAAAUAGGUUUUGAUUAAAAUGGAAAUGGUGAUUUCCCUAAUUGUGUCAACUGUAUGAAUAUUAAAGGAGUAAAAUGUUGACCUCAGAUCAAAUGUA